CAGGGGAGGACGAAGGAGCUCCUUUUUCCUUCAACUUUCACUUGGGUUUGGAUGUUUUUGCUUGCUGUUUUUCUUAGUUUUCUAUGGACUUUUGCUGACAAACCGGAUAUAUAUCACUCAUUAUCUAUUUUUUGUGUCAUUUUUCUUUGAGGAUGAAAGCAUCUUGAACACCCCGCUCAGAAUGUUUGGAGGAGCUCUCGCCCGCGGUGCGCGCGCCCCCGACGCAUCCAUGACGAGCCUUUUGAACCAAAGCGACUUGUGGCAGGCGAUCAACGACUCCUGGUCCAACCUGAGCGUCCUCAGCGGGCCGAACCAGACGAACCCCCUGAAGAGGAACGAGGAGGUGGCCAAGGUGGAGGUGACCGUGCUGGCCCUGGUGCUCCUCUUGGCGCUGAUGGGCAACCUGUGCGUCCUGGUGGCCAUCCACGGCGUCAAACACUCCCAGUCCCGCAUGUACUACUUCAUGAAGCACCUGAGCAUCGCCGACCUGGUGGUGGCCGUCUUCCAGGUGCUGCCCCAACUCAUCUGGGACAUCACCUUCCGCUUCUACGGCCCGGACCUGCUGUGCAGGCUGGUCAAGUACCUGCAGGUGGUGGGCAUGUUCGCCUCCACCUACAUGCUGGUGCUCAUGUCCGUGGACAGGUGUCUCGCCAUCUGCCAGCCUCUGCGCUCCUUGCACCGCAGGAAGGACCGCGUCUACGUGGUGUUCUCCUGGAUCCUCAGCAUGCUCCUCAGCGUGCCGCAGAUGUUCAUCUUCUCCCUGACAGAGGUGGGCUCGGCCGGCUCCGGAGUGUACGACUGCUGGGGGGACUUCGUGGUGCCGUGGGGCGCCAAGGCGUACAUCACGUGGAUCAGCCUGACCGUCUACAUCAUCCCGGUGGCGGUCCUCAGCGUGUGCUACGGCCUGAUCAGCUUCAAGAUCUGGCAGAACUUCAAGCUGAAGACCAGGAGGGAGCAGUGCAUCAGCUUGGCGCCCAAAGGCGGGAAAAGUGGCACCACGUUGGCGCGCGUCAGCAGCGUCAAACUCAUCUCCAAGGCCAAGAUGACCACCGUCAAGAUGACCUUCGUCAUCGUGCUGGCCUACAUCGUCUGCUGGACCCCCUUCUUCUCCGUGCAGAUGUGGUCCGCCUGGGACCCCGCGGCCCCCCGUGAAGCCAUGCCGUUCAUCAUCUCCAUGCUGCUGGCCAGCCUCAACAGCUGCUGCAACCCUUGGAUCUACAUGUGCUUCGCGGGUCACCUCUUUCAAGACUUUAGGCAGAACUUCUUCUGCUGCUCUGCGCGCUACCUCAAGUCCUCGCGGUGCCGCUGCGAGCACGACUUGGACUCCAGUCACAAGAGCAACUCGUCUACCUUUGUCAUCAAGAGCACGAGCAGCCAGAGGAGCAUCACACAGACGUCCAGCACAUGACUUCCUCUGAGGCUGCACAUUGGACACAAUGAUGGCAUGUACAGUAAUAGGUAUUUUCUAAGUAACUGUGGACCGAGCCAGCAUUUCUCUUGAUGAUUUUUCCUGAUCUUUGAUGUACAAAGUGUAUACAGACACAACAUUAGGUACAGCUGCACACAUUUUUAUCCUUAUUGGAUGUAAUAAUUGGAUGCAUCACUUUGGCAUCAUAAAACAUCCUUGGGUAAAUUAAGUAAUUUCAUGACAUUGCUUAUUCCGUUGUAAGGUAAUUGUUUAUGUGUGAUCAUCGCCUCUCAAGUGCUUUCUUGCAACCAUGUAAACAUACAUAUACUGUACUGUAUAUAUGUAAACAUAUGAAGUCUGUCACUGGCAAUGGAAAAUAUGAUGAAGACAAUAAAGUGCAUCUCAGGUUGUUUGACCACAUAA